AUGGGACGCAUGCCUCCCCCCGCCGCUACGAGUUCCGAGGAGGAGGAGGAGGCGGCGGUGGCGGGAGACGUCGUCGUCGCGGCGGUGGGUGCACCGGACGACGAUGCGGCCGCUGAUGAUCAGGAGGGGGAAGAGCAGAAGAAGAGGAGGGGGAGGAGGAAGAGGAAGAAGAAGAGGCGGAAGGCGCCGAGCGAGGAGGAGGUGGCCGCGCUGAGGUCCGUGCUCCGCUGGGCGCGCCGCGGCGAGGUGCGCGAUGAGGAGGCGGACGACGGGCAGCUCCCGGCCGCGACCGGAAGGCGGCCGCGCGUCGCGGUGGAGCUGCACGCGCACUCUGCGUGCAGCGACGGCUCGCUCUCGCCCUCGGCGCUCGUCCAGCGCGCUCACCGCAACGGGGUGAAAGUACUCGCGCUCACUGACCACGACACCAUGGCCGGCGUCCCUGAGGCCAUCGAAUCGGCGGAGCAGUGCUCCAUCAGGAUCAUACCCGGUGUCGAGAUAAGCGCCGUGUAUUCACCAAGUGACGGAGUAGGAGCCGAGGAACCUGUGCACAUUCUCGCGUACUACGGUCCUCUGGGCCCUGCAAAACCUCAAGAACUGGAUAGGUUUCUCGGUAGCAUCAGGGAUGGCCGUUAUACCCGUGCGAAGGAGAUGUUGCUGAAGCUUCGGAGACUCGACAUGCCCAUGGAGCUCGAAGAUGUGUGCACCAUUGCAGGGAAUGGAGUGGCUCCUGGCCGAUUGCACGUGGCUCGCGCCAUGGUAGAAGCUGGAUACGUUGAGAACACUAGACAAGCUUUUAACAGGUUCUUGUAUGACGGCGGACCUGCCUAUGCCACUGGUAGUGAACCAACCGGGGAAUCUGUGGUGCAGUUAGUUUGUAGAACUGGGGGUGUGUCAGUUUUAGCUCAUCCAUGGGCACUGAAAAAUCCUGUGGCUGUGAUCAAGGAGUUUAAGGCUGCUGGCUUGCAUGGCGUCGAGGUCUACCGUAGCGAUGGCAAGCUAUCUGGACUAAGUGAUAUGGCCGAUACUUAUGGUCUUCUGAAGCUUGGCGGAUCAGACUACCAUGGACGAGACGACAGGGACGAACCUGAUGUAGGAAGUGUUGAUCUUCCUGUCUUGGCUGUUUCUAAAUUUCUUGAUGUAGCUCAACCAAUCUGGCACGGUGCUACCAAGGAAAUCAUGCCAAAUAUGACUGAGACGGUACCUGGCUUGAAUGGCUCAACGGAAUUGAGCUCUGGAAAAGAUUUUUGCAAUUUGUGUCUUUUCUCUCCAGGCCUGGAGGUAACAGAGGCUUCCGAGGUUGAGGUCCUCAUAACAGAAUUUGCAGACAUUGCCCUCAGUGAAAUAGGACCACAAGACACUUGAAGAUUGAGCAGAAAUCACCUUCAUUCUCGACUCACAUUGGUUAGUGUCGAGCAGUUUGGAUUCAAGCAUUUGAUAAUCUAAAUUGCGAUUCAAGCAAAUCCUACUCUUCAGAGAAUGAAGACUGUCCAAUUGGUGCGACACUGAUUUAUAUGGUUGUUUGAUCAGGUUGGAGAAGUUCAAAUAGUCAGAGUCAUACGGCCCUACCUUUUCGGGGGAAAAAAUUGGGUGCGCAUCGGGCUCACCCGCACCCCCGUGCGCUCCAUGUCACGAUGGCCGCCACAUGUGUAGGCUUUGGAUCGUAUGGCGAUACGCAUGGGCACUACUUUCCGAAGUGUCGUGGCUUCGAAACGAGUUGGGCGUGCAUCAGAUCGGCUCCGCCUUUCGUGUCGUUACCUUCGUAGUGCCUGCGCUUGUCGCCAUCCGAUCUGAAACAUGCGCACAUGGUGGCCAUUGCGAUAUAGAGCUCACAAGGGUGUGCGUGA